AAUAGUCGAUAAGAUACCGAGAAAAUGGAGGAAUAUUCAAUCCUUGCUUAUCAAGACAAGCACGUCUACGAGUCUACCGAUCUUUAAUGCUACGCCGUACAAUGUUGACAUCAUCAGUAAGAAGAGAAAAAUCGAGGUGGACGAAGGUGAUGACGGGAAGAAAGAUGAUAAUAACAAGAAAAAGAAUAAAACUUUAGCGGGAGGUAAGAAUGAGUCGGUUAACGAAGAACCCAGAAUUGCCAAGAAGAAAGCAACCGUAUCCAACAAAAAAAAAGAUUCCGAUAAUAGUAAAUCCACAUCAAAAAGACGAACAAGGAAACAAAGGCAAGAAUAA